UUGUGCUUCAGAGAUCACAUGACAUUAAACAACAAUAACAAAUCUGGGAUAUUGGGACUAAAACCCUUCUUGCUGCUUUCUUAGGAACAUGAGAAGACUUGAAAAGGAAGCAACUUACUAAUCUUCAGAAAUAACCUCUUCUCAUUUAUCAACCAUCUGCAUGUAGCAUCAUAUUAUAUAAGCAUAGCAUUUAUAACAUGUACUGUGUUUGACUAGUUGUAAACUUUCCAUAAACAGUUCAAAUGAUGCACCAAUAACUUGUUUUGCCGUGUCCAGCUUCGAAUCCAGUGUCCUAUAAUAUUCACAUCCACAGCUUCCUACUCCAUUGGGUUCCCCACUUGUCUUUCUACCUAUUGCUCUCUCUCUCUCUCUCACCCAUUUUUAGCAGUCAAAGAUUCUUAUAUUUUAGUAGCUGCUUGCCUUAGGGUGAAGGAUUACUUCAUUUUUUCCCAUCUCAUAUUCUCUUCUGGCUUUUGUUGCAAUGGCAUCAAACACACUCUCCUCUCCCAACUCCAGGUGGACAACCAAGCAGAACAAACUGUUUGAAAAUGCCUUGGCAAUAUACGAUGAAGAAACCACAGAUCGUUGGUACAAGAUAGCCAUGUUUGUUGGAGGAACAAAUGAAGUGGAAGUCAAGAGACGAUAUGAGAUGCUACUAGAGGACAUCAAAGACAUUGAGUCAGGCAAGGUUCCACUCCCUGCUUACAAGAGGAAUGCUGGAUGUAGCAGAGUAAACAUCAGCAAUGCAGAGCAGAGGCUGAGGAAUUUGAAACUGAAUUGAAGCCUUAUAAGUGAAGAGUUGCACAAUGUCUCAAGAAGUCGGUCCUAAAAUUAUGAGCUUUGGCCAUAAGUAACUUUGUAUUUUUCUUCCUCAAUCCUCUUUUUUUGUUUUUCC